AUAGGGAAGUUCAUCCAUUCUCAGAAGUCUCAAUCAGGUGGGAGGCAUGGAGGGGCGGAAUAGGGAAGUUUAGAUGAUGGCUGGCGGCUUUUUCCUAAAUUUUUCGUAUGCUCUCAAUCAGGUGGGAGGCAUGGAGGGGCGGAAUAGGGAAGUUUAGAGGAUGGCUGGAGGUUUUUUUCUUAAUUUUUCGUAUGCUCAUGCACCAGGCGUUUGUGAGUAUACAUUUGUGUGAGAGAGAAGUAUGCGGGAAAAGGUCUUGUCUUUUAAUUUUUUAACAUUUCCUUUGUUUUUGUUGAUUUUCCUAUAUUUUGUAUUGGUUUUUCAUGUGGUAGGAGGCUCAGAACGGCCGAAUAUAAAUAAGUUAUUUAUUUUUUUUUGGAAAAACAAAAGCUAUGAAUUUAAGGAGAAGGAGGCUCAGAACGGCCGAAUAUAAAUAAGUUAUUUAUUUUUUUUUGGAAAAACAAAAGCUAUGAAUUUAAGGAGAAAAAUAUAUGGCAAUGAGAUAUUGGAGAAAAUUGAGAAAAUUAAAAUUAAACCCUAAUACCUAAACCCCAUAUCAAGUCCGAUUCCCCUUGUCUAUUCUACUCUCGGCGGCCCUUCCACUCCGACUUUCCUACCUCCGACUUUCCUACCUUCCACUCCAACUUUCCUCUCUCUCUGCCCGGCGGCUCGUAGUGGAGGCAGCUCAUAGUGGAGGCGACGCCGGAGGUCUGCCCAUCCCAAAACCCAAUAGCGGAUUUUCAUAACAAUUUCAUGACAAUGGAUGGUGCAACAAUUGAUCUAGAGGCCAAAUCUAGAGAGCACAAAAGUCGCAAAAGUAAAAAAACUACUUUGAAGGUGCAGGAUGAUUUUCAGAAGAUUCAAGAUGGAAAAGCAGAUAGUGAAGGAAAAUCCAAGGAUCAUGAAUUGGAAGCAACCACCACUCCAAUCAAGAAGAAAAAAGCGAAGAAGCGUGUAGCAUCAGAUGUAUAUCCUUCGAGUGAAGGAAAUUGUAUUCCUGCUGGGGGAAUGCAAGAAUUUGGUGGUGAAGUUAAUUUGGAUGAGCCAACUAUGGAGGAAAAACUUGCAAGUCUAGACUUGCUUGAUGAUGAACCAAAGAGCAGUUCCAAGCAAGAACCCUCUCCAACUUUAAAGCCCCCCAGUGCAGAUUCAGUGCAUAUUUUGCUCAAGCAAGCACUACAUGCUGAAGAUCACGCAUUGCUUUUGGACUGUUUGUACACUAGGGAUGAAAGGGUCAUUGAAAAGUCGAUCUCACUUCUAAAUCCAGCAGAAGUUCUCAAACUUUUAGCAUCUCUUAAAUCUGUGCUCCCAUCAAGAGGUGCAGUAUUGGUUUGUGCACUUCCAUGGCUAAGUAGUUUGCUCAGUCAACAUGCAAGCAGUAUAGCAUCUCAACAAUCAUCGCUACUCAUUCUGAAUUCUUUAUACCAGCUUAUAGACUCAAGGAUUUCAACAUUUCGCUCGGCCGUGCAGCUUUCUACUUGUCUGGAUUACCUGUUUGCUGGGUUCCCUGGUGAUGAGGCUGAGAAAGAGAUUCCACCAGUUGUUUAUGAGGACAAAGACAGCGAGGAGGAAGAAUCUGAAAAUGAAAUGGAAAUUGAUGAAGAGAGUGGUGCACUUGGACAUGUCAUCGAUGCUUCUCGUGACUCCGAUGGAAGUGAGGUCAUGAGCGGUUAAUGGAUGGAUCCUAAGGCCCUAGUGUGGGAAAUUUUGUGGUUUCUGUGAUUUACGCUCCUUGUUAUGGUAGGCAAAAAUCCAGAUCAGCCCCGAUAUUGGUGGAUUUUGAUUUCCAGCAUUUUGGUGCAUUCGGAAAGUGCUUAAUGCUGUUCAGAGGCUGUUGUAUUCCACCAAAAUUUGUUGAAACGUUUGAGUUUUAAAUUAAUCCAGGAAAAAUAUCAUCAUAAUAUAUAUUGUUAUAUUAUGCUCGA